GUGCGCAAACUUUGAGGUGACUUCCGCGCGAUCACGUGACCACAGUCACCAUCAUGGCGCCGCUCUUGGUCCCGGUAUGGUGCGGCUUUCACAUGCAGAGAAGAAACUUAGCUCUUCUGCUUCAGCGGUCGAGCUCCUAUCACGUUUGGAGCUCUAAUAACAAAUACGGUGCUGGAGAACUCCGAAAGAAACCGAGAAGCGCUUAUGAGGGUCUCAACCUCUCCUCAACAUGGACAUCCAAUCGUGGAGAUGCCAGUCGACAAAUACUGGAUGCUGUGAAACAUAUAAAGAUGCCAGAGAGAACAUGCUGGCACGGGAAUGCAGGAGGAGGUCUGAGCGCAGAUCCCAAAAAUGUGCUAAAGGAGGUGGACUCUGCCAAAAUCCUAUCAGCCAUGUUUGCAUACGUUUGGCCUAAAGAUCGACCGGAUCUGCGAGCUCGAGUGGCCAUCUCACUCGGCUUGCUCGCAGCAGCUAAGCUCACCAAUGUGAUGGUGCCCUUCAUGUUUAAAUAUGCGGUAGACAGCCUGAACCAGAUGUCGGGACACAUGUUGAACCUCAGCGACGCGCCAAACACGGUGGCCACCAUGGCAACGGCCAUUCUCAUUGGCUACGGUGUGUCCCGAGCGGGUUCAGCACUCUUCAACGAGCUUCGCAACGCGGUGUUCGGCAAAGUGGCGCAGAGCUCCAUCCGGCGCAUUGCCAAGAACGUCUUCCUGCACCUGCACAACCUGGACCUGGCGUUCCACCUGAGCCGGCAGACAGGCGCGCUGUCUAAAGCUAUCGACCGAGGCACACGAGGCAUCAGCUUUGUGCUCAGUGCUCUCAUCUUCAAUCUCGGACCCACAGCCUUUGAGAUGGCACUGGUCAGCGCAAUCCUGUAUCAUAAAUGUGGUGGUCAAUUUGCUCUUGUCACUCUGGGGACCUUAUCAGCGUACACGCUAUUCACCAUCGCGGUUACACAGUGGAGGACCCAGUUCAGAAUAGCGAUGAACAAGGCAGAUAACGAAGCAGGCAACGCAGCCAUCGACUCUCUCCUUAAUUACGAGACUGUAAAGUAUUUCAACAAUGAGAAAUAUGAAGCAGAAAAAUAUGACAACUUUUUGAAAGUCUACGAGUCCUCGUCCUUGAAGACUACCUUAACCCUGGCCAUGCUAAACUUCGGACAGAGUGCAAUCUUCACUGUCGGCCUCACGGGUGUCAUGGUGCUUGCUAGCAAGGGCAUAAUGGCAGGAACCAUGACUGUGGGAGAUCUGGUGAUGGUAAACGGACUUCUCUUUCAGCUCUCAAUGCCCCUUAACUUUCUGGGCACAGUGUACAGAGAGACGAGACAGGCUCUUAUUGACAUGAACACACUCUUUACUCUACUCAGUGUGGACACCAAGAUUAAGGAGAGAGACCUGGCCCCCCCACUGCUUGUUACCCCACAGGAGGCCUCCAUCCGCUUCGAGGACGUCUACUUUGAGUAUCUGGAGGGACAAAAGGUCCUCAAUGGGGUUUCCUUCGAAGUACCUGUUGGGAAAAAAGUGGCCAUUGUUGGCGGGAGCGGAUCCGGGAAGAGCACAAUCGUACGGUUGCUGUUUCGCUUCUAUGAACCCCAGCGAGGUAACAUCUAUAUUGCAGGCCAGAACAUUCGAGAUGUCAGCCUGGAGAGCCUUAGAAAAGCGCUUGGUGUGGUCCCUCAGGAUGCAGUCCUCUUCCACAACACCAUCUUCUACAAUCUGCAGUACGGUAACAUCAAUGCCCCACCAGAGGAAGUGUAUAGAGUAGCCAAGCUUGCCGGUAUCCAUGACGCCAUCCUCAAAAUGCCCCAUAAAUACGAGACGCAGGUUGGAGAGCGAGGCUUGAAACUCUCAGGUGGCGAGAAACAGCGUGUGGCUAUAGCCAGGGCGAUCCUGAAGAACCCUCCUAUCCUACUUUACGACGAGGCAACGUCCUCCCUCGACUCAAUCACUGAAGAGAACAUUCUGAGCUCCAUGAAAGAAAUGGUAACUGACAGAACAUCUGUCUUCAUUGCCCACCGGCUGUCCACCAUUGUGGAUGCAGAUGAGAUUAUUGUGCUGAAUGAGGGCAAGGUGGCAGAACAAGGCAGUCACCACACACUCCUGAGCACCCCGGGCAGCCUGUACGCCGAUCUCUGGAACACACAGAACAGCAAAGCGCUAAACAACAACGGAGACGAGACGCAGCCUGCUUCAGCUGACAGAGUCUCGCAGAAGGAGGAGGAGCGCAGGAAGCUGCAGGAGGAGAUCCUCAACAGCGUCAAGGGCUGCGGCAACUGCUCCUGCUGAGACACACACAAGUUGUUGUUUUUUUUGUUGUGUAGAGUCAGAUAUAGAGGAGGGGAACCUGUGUGCACAUACAGUCAUACCUGUGACAGACUUCCUCUGAUCACGUGUCUGAGUUUAGCCUGAACCGAGCAGUUGUUGAUAGACUCUGUAGGUUCAGCAGGUCUCCUGGCUUGGUUUGGUUUUCUGUAGUUUCCAUGCACACAGUUCAUGCUUUACACUUAACACAUUCUAUAGGUGUUUAAAAUUUUUUUAAUUCAUUUUCUCCAUGUAGAAAAGCCUUUUUAUCAUUGAUGUGUACAUAUGAAUAUACCCUGCAAUGGGUUUGUACAAGAGAGCGCUAUCUCAUUGUACAGAUACACAUGCGUGUCUGAUGUUUUUUAAAGUGAAAAACUGACUGGAAGAAACGGGGACACUUCAUAUUUUUCCUCUUGAAUAUACUGUUGAGACUCUUGUUAAUAUCAGACGUUUCAACCACUAUUCAUUUAUACGAGUAAUAUUUAAUGGCGUUUCGAAAUAUCAUUUUCGUACAAGUUGAUAGGUUAUUUAGGAGGACAUAAUGAUUUUCACAUUCCUCAUCACACAACAGAAUUGACCCCAGGUUUGAUUUGCUCGUUGAGAGCGAUAUUCAGCAUAAUAACUAUUUAUUUGGGACUUUUCUUUCCUUCUGCCCAGAUAUAUUGACUGGAAAUAUUGUCAAAUCGCAAUAAAUAUGUAAUUUAACUCUAAA